AUGGGUUCACUCAAGGAGAAGUCCUCAGAUACGACUACCAAGUCUUAUCGUUUGUCAUCUCGAGUCAACAGCCUCACGUAUGAGCGACUCCAUAAAGGCCGGCAGCUACGGGGAUUGCUAGGCGCUUGCUUGUCUCGAUGGCUCAUGACACUGGUUCUCUGCGCGGCCAUAUAUGCUGUGCUAUGGCGGUAUUCGACCAAUAUGACCAUGCCUAAAAACAGGAAAAAGGACUUCAACGCGCUUAUUGUUGGCUUGUCUAUCCUUCUGAGUUUGAACUUGGCCAGUUCGCUGAAACACAUGGUGGCCACCUUGCGAUGGUGGGUGUUGAGCUUAAACGAAUGGAGACCACGAGAGGUUGACCUCAUUCUACAGGGCGAGAAUAUCAGCCGUAUGGUUCGGUUAUUGCACCUCUCUGAACGAUACACUCUUCGCUUUUAUGUCGUCGUUUGGGUACUCAUCAAUGUGGCCGCGCAAAUUGGACUCGCAUGUCUGGGUUUGACAUACAAUGUGAAUGGCGCCGAUAAGAUUGUGCCCAUGGUCAACGGCAUCGUGUCUAUCCCCGACUUGACCAGCAUUCAGACAAAUAGGGUCUUGUCCCAGCAGCAGCAGACACCGUCACAAUUGCAGGCUCUGAAUGCGCUCCGAUUCACAGCAAACAAUUACGGAAUGUCUGCCCUGGCGAGCGGCGUCAACUAUCCUGUUCAGUUCAGUCCACCAACGCCCGGCACGCUGUAUAACCCGGAUACUAUCGCCAUCGCAUGCGACAACACGACGGCAUGCUACUCUACGUUUUAUGAAUCAACACCAGAAAAUUUAUCAUACUACUUCAUGGCAGCGACCAAUCGCUCGAUAUCAACUACCUCGAAAUGCCAAGCUUUCAGAGUUACGCGAGGAGGAAAUGGCGACUUUGACAAUAUAACCAUUGCCGACGUAAACACGACAUCGUUUACAUUGCCUACAAAGAAUGGCCCUGACCAAACGACCUUUGUUGUCGAUCCAGCAAAUGACCAGCAUGUCGGAUGGAGUGUUGUCUCUGCCUUUGAAGCAUCCAACACCAACCCUUGGUUCUACAAAUGCAAUAUUUCUGUAGGCCCAGUUGUCAAUGCUGUCCUCGGGGUGCAUCAACUCGGGGAUAACAUCAAGCUAAUGGCCCCCGCAGCAAUUGCUCUGCAAGGUUACGGAGCAUCCAUGGGCACAAAUCUCUCCAACCACAUCCAGUUUCAAAGCUACCCUGCCGAAUCGCUAUACGGGUCUCCCGCCGGCGGCGACACGGUCCUCAUGGGGGUCAUCACGAGCAUUUUCGCGUCCGGUGUCAUAUGGACCACCACCCAAGCCAACACUAACAUCAAGGCGACGGGGCGCCUGCCUGUCCAGGGCAUCACGCUCGAUAUCAACAAUUGGGCCUAUGUGCACCUUAUUCUGGGUUUAAUCAUGGGCCUGCAGCUGCUGUUCGCUCUCAUCUCUAUAGCCCUGUCAAACCGGGUCAUGGUCCGAGAUCAUAGCCACUUCGGCGAGGCUGCGCUCUUGCGGUCUACCAUGUAUGAUUUGAGCUACCGAGCCGUCAUGGCCAACGAGAGGGAAAUCGCCAAGUUAUUUCCCAAGUCGGCGACGAUAAGAUACGUUCGGGAAGAAAAUGGCACAUAUUACCUCCGAGUAUCAAACUGA